AUAAGCCACACAGAUAGGGUGACGUCAGCAUCGAAACAUUGAACUAAACUGGCCAUUUUCACAUGCGUAUUGCUCCACCAACAGGAGUGCAUAGUCUUGCUGAGACGUUUCAUAACAGUAGCUUCGAAUCAGAUUCGUUGGGACAACAGUUUUGCGUAAUCUUUUUUUAUUCCUUUAACCAAUCCCUUUGUUCACGGUCUUUUCAAGAUUGAUAGCUACUGAUAGCUAGCUAUCACCGCGCAACAGAACCCUGAACUAGCAUGUCCGUGAAACCCAGCGAGGAGCAAGGUUCGGAGGGGAGGUGGUUUGGAGAGGAUUUUGAGAAGCUAGACCGCUUUGGGAGUACCGUGCCACGGUUCGACGAGCGAGGCGAUGAAUUCCAGCCAGAAAACUGGGAGGAUGAGAGCCCUGAACAGAAACAAUGCCUCUAUGAGCCGGAGAGCAAUCGGCAACGGCCCUCCGUUGCCAUGGAAACUGCAUCUACAGGGGGAAACGCAUCGCUGUUUGACUCGCUGAGUUCUAAAGGUGACUCAGACCUGGAUUUGCUAAUGAAGUCCACAGACAAUGACGGGGACCUCUACACUUCCCUGCUCUCCAGCCAGAACUACUCCUUUCAGCAGGACACCUCCUACUUCUCGGGGGACAUGGGGGGGGAGGCGCAGAAAUUCCCGCCCCCCCCGGCCCGGGACCGCGUCCCCAGCCCGGAGUCGCACGGCGCGUUCAACUCCGACUCGGGCAUCGAGAUGACCCCCGGCGAGUCCAUCGACGUGGCCAAGAACCUGCUGGAGUCGGAGAAGAUGGAGGCCUACAACUACAUGGACAUGAGCCGCGGCGAGGAGGCGCGGCCCCGGCAGCCGGAGACGGGCCCCGCCGGCCCGGGGCCCUACCUGGAGAAGAGCCCCCCGGUGGAGACCCUGGGGCCCGCGCUGGACUCGCACGCCUUCCCCUACGUGGAGGACCCGUCGGACGAGGAGCCGUCGGACUACCAGUCCUACCGCGCGCUGGGCACCCCGCAGACGGCCAGCCCCAUCAAGAUCACCCUGACGGAGACCCCCGCCGCCCCCGCCUCCGAGGCCCGCCCGCAGGUCUCCGAGCGGGAGAGCAUCCUGAGCCUGGGCCUGGAGGGGGUCCCCACCGUCACGCUGUCCGAGCCCGAGGACGACAGCCCCGGCUCCGUCACGCCCCCGCUCGAAGAGGAUUUCCCGGAUCCUCUGUUCCAGGCCCGUGAAGUAAAGCUGGUGGGUUCGGCCAGCGAUAGGGCUUUCAGCUCAGCACUGCCCUCUUCUGGCUCCCUGAGGCAGCCCGGCCCCCAGGGAAAAGCCAAGAGGGCGUCCAAACCUCGCCCGUCCCAGGAGGACGGCAGCAGCGCCGAAUCGGGCGACUCGGAGAUCGAGCUGGUGUCCGAGGAGCCGCCGUCCCGCCCGCCGCCCCCUGGCGCCGGGUACGCAAGCUUCGGCCCCGCCCCGGCCCCUCCCCCCGCCCCCUCCGUCCAGUACAGCAUCCUGCGCGAGGAGAGGGAGGCGGAGCUGGACAGCGAGCUCAUCAUCGAGUCCUGCGACGCCUCCUCGGCCUCCGAGGAGAGCCCCAAGAGGGAGCAGGACUCCCCCGCCCCCAAAGGCCGAGGAGCCGACGCCCCCCUGGCCUACUCCUUCACCGCCGCCCCCGCCCCCGCCCCCAGCCCCGCCCCAAUCCCCGCCUCCGUCCCCGCCCCCGUGGUGCCCCCGGCCAGCGCCGCCAGGGAGACUCAGGCCAGCGACAGGAGCCAGAGCUCCGUCGGCACGGGCGACGCCCCGGCCGCCAAGCCCAAGCCCCCCGCGGCGGUGGUGCCCCCGGAGGUGCGGGUGGAGCAGCCCCCGCCGGAGGAGGAGCCAGGCUGGAGGACGAGGCGAGCCAGCGAGGGGAAGAGGGAGCUGGAGGGAGGGGCCGCGGCUCCAGCCUUCCUACAGGGCUUCAGCAAGCAGAAAGCCAUGGACCUGCUGUACUGGAGGGACGUGAAGCAGACGGGCGUGCUGUUCGGCAGCGUGCUGCUGCUCCUCUUCUCGCUCACGCAGUUCAGCGUGGUCAGCGUGGCGGCCUACCUGGCCCUGGCCGCGCUCUCCGCCACCAUCAGCUUCCGCAUCUACAAGUCUGUCCUGCAGGCCGUGCAGAAGACCGACGAGGGACACCCCUUCAAGUCCUACCUGGAUAUGGAGAUUUCUCUGUCUCAUGACCAGAUCCAGAAGUACGCAGACAGCGCCCAGCUCUAUGCCAACACCACCCUGAAGGAGCUCCGCAGGCUCUUCCUGGUGCAGGACCUGGUGGACUCACUAAAGUUUGCAGUGCUGAUGUGGCUGCUGACGUAUGUGGGGGCUCUCUUCAACGGCCUGACGCUGCUCAUUCUGGCUGUGGUGUCCAUGUUCACGAUGCCCGUCGUCUACGAGAAAUACCAGGCGCAGAUUGACCAGUACCUGGGACUAAUAAGGACCCACGUCAAUUCCGUGGUGGGAAAGAUCCAGGCGAAGAUCCCUGGAGCCAAGCGGAAGGCGGAAUAGGUCAGGCCCAGCGGAGGGGCCUACGGGCCCCGGGCCCCGCACUGGGACAGAGGGACGAGGGCCGGAGGGCCCGCAGCAUUACCGGAGCGUAGCACUAUCUGUCAGCACCGUGGUGUUCCAAACUAAAAGCCGCUCAAGCACUGGAGAAGCCCCCACCCAAGCUGUCUAACUGUAGAGUAACCUCGCUUGUCACACACAUCAGGCACUAACGUCUAGUGAAAAGAUUUAAUAACAAAAAAAAACAAAAAAAGAACAAGAUAACUAGAUGUGUUUUUUGUGUUGCUUCUUAAAUGCAUGAAGUAAAGACUCUUGAGUAAUAUUUGAUAAAUUUUAAGUGUUUUUUUUCCCGCUACUUUUUCCAGCCAUGCCGAUGACUGUAAACGUCGCAUAGCAGCUUCUCCAGCUUUAGUGCUCCGCUUCCAUAGUUACGACUGCUUCAUGUCACUGGGUGGCGGGUGGGGCUUCUCUUUUCUGUGUCUGUAUGUGCGUGUGUGUGUGUGUAUAUAUAUAUACAUACACACAUACAUAUAUCAGAUAGACUUGUGGACUAAUGUUUUUGGUGUUUUCCAGCACAAAUAAUUAAACAAUGUACUUAAUAGGUAUGAUUACUGUAGCAUUUGGUUUUGUAUAACUAUAAGGAACUACACAAACUCUUGUUUAUAGGUACUGUUGUUGAACUACUAAAAAAAAAAAAAAAAAAAACAAAGAAAAAAAGAGGGGAAAAAAAAUCUCUGGAGGGAGACUGCCAGCUUGUCCAACUUUGUACUGUUCAAUGUAGUUCUUAGUCCUGGACUCUAUUUGCACUUAUGAUGUACUCAUUAAUGAAUGCAAAAAUAAAUGUUCCUAAAUGUA